CGUUUCUUCUUCCGGUUCACUCUUGAAGCGUACCCAUCCCAUUCUGAACUUGCAGUUCUUUUGCGUACACUUCUCCGAACUAAACGAGGUCUUUUAAAGCAUUCUCAUCGGUGUCCCACAGAAGUCACUGCAGAAGGUCUUCACUCUGAAAAGCACGAUCCCCUCCAAGUCAGAAUGGAGGAGUCGAAAAUGCUGUACAUCAAACAGGAGGCGGAGCCAGAGACCCCAAGAAUUAAAGAAGAACAGGAAGAUGAAAUCUCCACAUUUCCAUUGAUUGACACUGUCAAGAGUGAAGAAAAUGAAGAUCCAAGCGAAGAGACCAGAGCAGCGAAACCUUCGAGCGAUAGCUCAUUUCAGCACCUGACAAAAAAAGGAAAGGGACGAUCGAAACCGGACGGCCUCUUAGCUCCGCUUUCGGACAGCGACGACAUAACGUCACACUCUUCUGACUUUAACACUGAUGAGGAGGAUGUUGACUUUGACCAAAAUGCUUCAAAAUCCUUAAACAAGGUAUCAUUGAAAAGUGACACUCAAGAAUGCGUGGCUAAGAAAGCUUUUCCCUGCUCACUUUGUGAUAAAACAUUUUCGAUGAAACAUCACUUAAAAAUACACAUGCGUACACAUACUGGGGAGAAGCCUUUCGCCUGCAUGCUUUGUGAUAAAAGAUUUUCUCAUAAGACUAGUUUAGAAAUACAUAAUCGUACACACACUGGAGGGAAGCCUUUUGCCUGCCCACUUUGUGGUAAAACAUUCACCGAUAAGAGAUAUUUAAGCAAACACGCAAGAACACACACUGGAGAGAAACCUUUUGCCUGCACACUUUGCGAUAAAAGAUAUUUUCAGAAAAGAGAUUUAGAAAUACAUAAGCGUACACACAAUGGAGAAAAGCCUUUUGCCUGCACAUCUUGUGAUAAACGAUUCAUUGAUAAGGCAAAUUUAAACCGACACACAAGAAAACACACUGGAGAGAAGCCUUUUGCCUGCACAUCUUGUGAUAAACGAUUCAUUGAUAAGGCAAGUUUAAACCGACACACAAGAAAACACACUGGAGAGAAGCCUUUUGCAUGCUCACUUUGUGGUAAAAGAUUCACUUGGAAGCAAAAUUUAAACAAACACACAAGCAAACACACAGGAGAGAAAACGUUUCCCUGCUCAAAAUGCGGUAAAAAAUUUUCUUUGAAGACUACUUUGGAAAAGCAUAAGCGUACACACACUGGAGAAAAGCCUUUUGUCUGCACAUUUUGUGGAAAAACAUUCACCCUGAAGGGAAGUUUAAACAGACAUACAAGCAGACACACAGGAGAGAAGCCUUUUCCCUGUUCAGUUUGUCAUAAAAGAUUCUAUCGUCAGUCUGAUUUAGAACGGCAUAGACGUACACAUACUGGAGAAAAGCCUUUUUCCUGCUCACUUUGUGGUAAAACAUUCACCGAGAAGGGAAAUUUAAGCAAACACGCAAGAACACACACUGGAGAGAAGCCUUUUGCCUGCACACUUUGCGAUAAAAGAUAUUUUCAGAAGAGAGAUUUAGAAAAUCAUAUCCGUAAACACAAUGGAGAAAAGCCUUUUGCCUGCACAUUUUGUGAUAAACGAUUCAUUGAUAAGGUAAAUUUAAACAGACACACAAGCAGACACACUGGAGAGAAGACUUUUGCCUGUUCACUUUGUGGUAAAACAUUCACCCAUGAGGUAAGUUUAAACAAACAUACAAGCAGACACACUAGAGAAAAGCCUUUACCCUGCUCAGUUUGUCAUAAGACAUUCUAUCAUCAGUCUGAUUUAGAACAGCAUCGGCGUACACACACUGGAGAAAAGCCUUUUGCCUGCUCACUUUGUGCUAAAACAUUUUCGAGGAAAAAUCACUUAAAAAUACACACACGUACACACACUGGGGAGAAGCCUUUUGCCUGCAUGCUUUGCGAUAAAAGAUUUUACCAGAACAGUAGUUUAAAAAGGCAUAAGCUUACGCACACUGCAGAGAAGCCCUUUUCCUGCACAUUUUGCGAUAAAAGAUUUUUUCACAAGAGAGAUUUAGAAAACCAUAUCCGUAUACACACUGGAGAGAAGCCUUUUGCCUGCUCACUUUGUGGUAAAAGAUUCACUUGGAAGCAAAAUUUAAACAAACACACAAGCCAACACACACGAGAGAAACCUUUUCCCUGCUCAAUUUGCGAUAAAAAAUUUUCUUUGAAGACUGAUUUAUUAAAGCAUCAGCGUACACACGCUGGAGAAAAGCCAUAUGUCUGCACAUGUUGUGGUAAAAGAUUCACCCAGAAGGAAUAUUUACACAAACACACAAGCAGACACACUGGAGAGAAGCGUUUCGCCUGCUCACUUUGCGAUAAAAGAUUUGUUCAAAAGAGAGAUGUAGUAAAGCAUAUGCGUACACACACUGACCUUUUGUCUGCACAUGCUGUGGUAAAUCAUUUACCCAUAACGAACGUUUAAACAAACACACAAGCAGACACACUGGAGAGAAGUCUUUCGCCUGCACACCUUGUG